UAAGUAAAGAGGAACCGGUCCAACCUUUAUUUUAUGCAAGUCUUGUCUUGGUCUUCAAGAAUUCAUUCCAAAGCCACAUACGGAAUACACGAAUCCUCAAUUAACUAUCUCCAAAUAUACGUCAUCCUAUGAGGUAGGUACCUUAGGAGGUAGGUAAUAUCUCAACCGAGAAAGCCCCAAACCCCGCCAUCAUGACCUCCAAUUCCGACUGGAGAGCCUCACUCAGCUCAUCCGAUCGUUAUGAUAAUAUCCAAACCAUAAAGGAGGCGCUUGAUGGGUUAAGUGGUACAGACCCUUCCUCUCAGAAAAGCGCAUUUGUCCUUGAAAAUGAAGCCUACAAGACCUCCACGUCGCGUGCUCAGUAUGAUGAGGCAUGUCGGAGUUUACUAGAGCAAAAAGCACCGGUUUCGCCCGAAGCGCAACCUGCUCCAAUAGAACAAGUCGCCCCGGAAUCUCCUGGCACUACUAUAGGACAUUAUCAAAACUGUCACUAUGUCGCAAGUGGACUUACUGCCGAAGUCUAUAGGUCAAGUACGGUGGCUCUCAAAGUAAUCGUUGAUACUUCUGUCGGGGAACCUCAUAAUCCUUUUAGAGAAGCCAAGAUCCUGAAGUUGCUGAAAAGACCGUGUAUUCCUUUGCUAGAGACUUUCCGGGAUCAAGAGCAGCGCUUUACUUUAGCCUUUCCGUUCAUGCCCCUAAGUUUAACGACUCUUAUUGAGCAGGGCCGUAUACCAAGAGCCCGGAUACAGAAACAUUUUACGGACCUUUUUAAUGCUCUAGCAUAUAUCCACGCGAAAGGUAUAAUACACAGGGACAUUAAGCCUUCGGCACUUCUACUUGAGUCGGCCGAUGGUCCCGCCUACCUUUCCGAUUUUGGUGAAGCAUGGCACCCUGAGCUCUCAAUCCACACGGAGCCUACCCAUAACAAGAUUCUAGACGUUGGCACGGGCCCAUAUCGUGCACCCGAGACACUAUUCGGCGAUAGGUCAUAUGGCCCCGCGAUCGAUAUGUGGGCAGCCGGAGCUAUGCUCGCUGAAUGCUGCCGAGAAACUCCUCGAGAACUUUUCGAAUCCCGAGCGGCCCACGAAGACGGAAAUCAGCUCGGCCUAAUACUAAGCAUUUUCAAGACAAUCGGAAGUCCAACUCGGGAGUCAUGGCCGGAGGCAGUAAACUUCAAGACGCCUCCGUUCGACAUAUAUCGAGUAUUCGAAGGCCAUUCUUGGGACGAUCUUCUACCGGAUGUUGAUGAAGAUUUUCGCGAACUUGUUGCCGCAUCAGUAGUAUAUAGCACUCAUCAUAGAGUUACUGCAUCUCAAGCAUUGAAAUUUAGAUGUAUGAUACAGGAAUGAAUUAUUAUUAUCUCUUGGCCCAUUACUAUAUGGUCUUGACUAUGACGAAUAGCUGGUAAAGAGCAUGCGUCGUUGAAAAUACAUAUACAGGGACUUCUAGCCGUAACGCCUGGAUCAGCCCGAAACGAGAUCAAUCCUCAGCCGCCAUUCUUGAGGCUUACUCGGCGCGAUGUUUCCUUGAUCGAG